CCGGAGCCCCCCACCCCCAGCCCGCUGCGCGGGGUCGGGCCGGACCCAGCUGGGCCGCCCGGGGGGGCAGCGGGGCCGUUCCCGAGCUCCGCCCGGGGAGGGGCGGGAGGCGGCCCGGGGCCGUGCCGGUGCGGGUGCCCGCGGCAUGGCGGGGCUGCCCGGUGCCGCGCGGUCCCCGGGCCCCUCCGCCGCUCUGCCCGCCCUGGACGGCGCCUUCCUGCUCUCGCCGCUCGGGGGGCUGAUGGGCGCCCAGAUCGUGCUCGGCUUACUGGUGUGGGCUCUCAUUGCCGACACAACGUACUACCUGCACGCAGCAUACGCCUGGGUGAUGUUCGUGUCCAUCUUCCUCUGGAUAGUAACAGUCCUUUUCCUCGUGACUUACCUCCUGCAGCUUCCACUGAAGUUCUAUGUGAUCCCAUGGCCCCUCGUGCUGAUGAUCUUCAACGCUGUAGCGACUGUCCUGUACAUCUCCGCCUUUGUAACGUGCGCAGCUGCCGUCCAGCCCACGUCCUGGCGGCAGUGGGAUUACAACCGAAGAGCUGCGGCAUCCUUCUUCGCUUGUGUCGCUGUGAUUGCCUAUGGGGCCAGCACCUUCUUCAGCUUCUGUGCCUGGAAAGGGCUCGGCAGCAACGCGGCCACCAGCCAAGUGACUGACCGCGCGUGAGGAGCGGACGGCAAAGCCCAGCCUGGGGUCAGCUUGGGCCAGGCUCGGUGCCGGGUGCUCAUGUGCCACCACGUCUUGUUCUCGGACCAGCCUGUGCUGGCAGUGAUGGUCAGUACUGGGUUGUGUGGACGCUGCUCUGUGGCCUCUGAUGAUGCUUCCAGCUGAUGUGCCCACAGCACAAACCCACCAGGUGCUGCCACUCGCAGCCUCGCUGGAGGCUGAAGCUCCUGCUUGGCCCUGGGGUUCAUCCAGAUCCUGGCUGCAGCAGCUCCGCUGAGGGGGCUCAGCCAGUUCGACACACUCCAAUACUAAAAUUCACUAAACCAAGUGCAGGCUCCUGUCUCUGGUCAGUCACAGCUGCGGUCUGUAAGCAGUUGCUGUUAACAUGAUACUUAAAUGGUGGCAGAGCUGGAGGAUGAAGGCUAAGCAAAAGAAGCAGUCUAAACUGUUCUUGUAUUGAUUUCUAACAAUUUGAAACACAAAUUUUAUGCUUUAAAUAAAACUCUUCCUAAAUCCA